GUUCGGCCCCGCAAGAGCUCGGGUUUGGGCUGCGAUCCGCAUGGGCCAACGACCCAGCUGCUGCCACGAUGAUGAAGUCCAAGAAGUUCCGAAAGUUGAAGUAGUUCAUCAUGUUCAUCACCGCCAGGAGUUUGAAACCAACAGCUGGAAAACGUGCCUUCCAAUUGACCGGAUUGCUGACACUUCGCAGAAUGCUGAGCUUGAGAUACAGAAUGAGAAGGGUGCAACAACAACUUCUUCUAGCCUCAGUUUGGCUCAGUGUCGGCUUCAAAAAAUGGAUCACCUUGUGGUUGAUCGGGACAUUCUUCGAGGAAUUUCGCUUCGGGAGACUUUGAACAAUGCUGGAGACCUGUGGCGACAGUCGCCCAUCGAUUUGAAUGACAGCGAAAGGAGAAAGCUUUGGACCAGGUCCAGAAAGGUUGAAGACUUCGACUGGUUCCUUUCGCACACUUGGCUAACCCCUGGGCGUUGGAAAGUCCUUUCUUUGGUGGUGCAAUCCUGCUGGCAUCUCUGGUUGGCUUCAUGGCUGAUCCUGGUGACACUUGCAAUGGUGCUGUGUGUCCAUGGUUUCCUCCCCAUGGGCGGCACCUGGCAUCCAGAUAUCAUGGGCUUUUCAGCCCCAUCCCCUUUGGGGGGCUGGGUGAUUCUGGCCAGUUGCCUUGCUCCUUUCAUGGGGAUUGCCAUUUAUCUUUGCUUGCCAGAGUCAUGUACUACAUCUCCUACCUGCUUCUUGGAUGUUGUGAGCAUCCAUCAGACAGAUACAGAAUUAAUGGAACGUGGCAUCUAUGGAUUGGGAGGCUUCCUCAAAGUAUCGAAGCAAUUGCGAAUUUUGUGGAGUCCGCCCUACUUGACAAGGCUUUGGUGCGUAUUUGAAGUGGCCGCCUUUCUCACGGCAAAUCCAGAAGGCAAAAUCAUUCUCCAUCCGCUCACAAUUGAAAUUGCUGUCACCGCAUUAUUCGUGGCAUGUGCUUUGGGGACCAUGUUUUACCAGGCUUUCAUUACUGCUGUUGGUGCCGAUCCUGGGGCUCGCAGUCUGGUUCUGAUUCCAGCGUUGCUUCCGUCCCUGGGGGCCAUUCGCAUUUUGCGGCGGCAGUCCUUUAUGCGACGAGUGCUUCUGACUCAGCUUCGGAAUUUCGAUGUUGACCGGGCAGAAUGCCGCAACGACUUUGACAGGCACUACAUAGAGGCAGCGAUUCUUCAUUGGUAUGGCAGCAAGGAAAAAUUCGCCGCAUACGUCCGCGGACCUUUGGCCUUUGAACUUCUCACUCGAUUGUCAAACAAUCAUGUGAUGAUGGCGGGCUAUGUUCUCAUCGUCCUCAGCGCCCCUGUUGCGGCAGGCUUGGAAUUGUGUAUGUCACUGUGGAUAGGUGGUGCACCAUGGGAAGUUUUACUUGCGAGAUUCAUUGGAAUGGUGGUUGGCACUGAAUUUCUCUUUUGUGCCAUGAUAUUGAUGGUGGCCAUGAAUCUUUCCGAUCUCUUGGCCAAACCUUGCUGUGGCUUUGUGUUGCCAGCUGCACUUCAGACGAUUUUGAUUUGGUUUACCUUUGCCGGCAUGUAUGCAGCCGGAAAUGCCCUCGGAACGGCAGCAAGUUCAGCCACGUUGUGGAUUUCCAUUCUUUACGCGCUGGGAUGCUUUUGCGGAGUCUACACCAUUCGAGCAAUCACCAAAUGGACGCUGCUCAACAAUGAGCGUGUCUACGGCGACGGUUUCUACGACGGAUGACCCCACGGCUUUUUAUAGCGUGGCAACGAAAGCUGUGGAAGCUGUGGGAUUUUCAAACUUAUGAACAUUAAUGAACAACGCCCUAAAAGGGCGUCCAGCCAAUGAGUCUCAAAGAUGUUCUUUGGCGCAUGCAGCGCAUGCUACUCCACCGUACUCACUUCUUGGCGUCUCACACCAUGAAAAUGGAGCAGGG